AUGGCGUGGACUGCGCAUCUUGCGAUCUUGGUCUUGUUCCUAUUGGGGCAGCAUGUGGCUGCAAUCCCAGGCCUGCUAAACGUUGACGUGCUGUCAGCGGGGGGAAGCUUUCAGGACGAAAUCAGGCUGCUGCAUGUGGAUGGCAACAGUCAAUAUGUCGUUGGCCGGUUCAACGGCAAUGAUGAGGGUCAGCUGUCGGGAGUGCCCAAGACAUCCAGCAUCCAGAUCAAGUCUUCUGCUGGCGCUGCUCUGCAGCCUCAGGAAGCACCGAUAGAUGCAGUUUUUGUUGCAAAGAUGUCAAAUGGCUUGGAAGAGCUCGAGUGGCUGCACGGACCGUUCACAUGCACAGGGAAUGGCAGUGAAGCAACACUUAACUGCACUCAGCACCUGGACGACGCAGACUUGGUGCUGACCAUUGUGACGGGUCUCACUGUUGUGAACGAUGAUGUCAUUUUGUCAGGAUGCCAGCGCGACCCCUCCACCACGCCCAGCACUGGCUGCGCCAAUGUGAUCAGCCCUGGAAAAUGGAACCUCGAAAUCACCGGUUCCGUGUGUGCAAACACGCAAGGCGGCAUGACGGUGCAUGGGGAUAGCAUAUUUGUAGCAGGAACAUUCCAGGGUGUUCUGUCAUUGACUCUGCGAGACCCAGCAGGCAAAGUGCUGGCGGACUUUGCAGGACAGCAGAGUCACCAGGCUGCAGCAACCUAUGUUGUGGAAUUGAACGCAACUGGGCAUGUGCUGAAUCUGGAGAUCAACGAUGGCCAGCAGCGCACAUGGACCCCGCUUUUCAUGGCAGCUGCACCAGACAGGAGUGCAGCCAACGAGUCGAGGGUGUUCGUCCUGUCUAGGCUGACAUCGAGCCCACUGGCGGACACAGCUGAUAGGUGCCCUCUGGAAAGGGCUGUUGAAGAUUCACCAGCCGACCCGAUCGCCCUAACAGACCUUUCCUUUAGUGGGCAGCCUCAGGCCCUUUUCAUCCUGCAGGAGAAGCAGGGCCUGUUUGAAGCGACGGGGAUGGCCUUGGGACCGAACGUGGCAUACAUCUCAGGCUAUCUGAGGGGGAGUUUGCAAAUGCCUCGCAACUGCACUGUGGCCACCAGCAAGACUGGUGACCAGUUCAAGCACACUGACGGCCUGCUCAUCAAGGUUAACUUGACAGCUCCAAGGGUUGAGUGGGUUCUGAGGAUGGGCGGCCCUGGGCAAGAUAGGGUUCAUGACGUGGCUGUGCAGGGCGAAGACGUGUACAUUGCCGGCACCUUUGAGAAGAGCUUCGAUGUGCAUGGGCUGAUUUACAUGCUGUCAGAGGAGGGCCGCUGCAGCUUCAUAGAGUUGGCGCUGAACAAGCCUGAGGUCCACAGCCGCGGCGGUUUGGACAUCUUUGCACUCAAGCUGACGUCCGACAAUCUGGACAUUCAGUGGGUGGCUACGGCGGUGGGCCCCAAGGACUCCGUCGUCGCCGCCAUUGCUGUGGACUCGAGGGACCGCCUCCACAUGGCCGGGCGCUACGAGGGCUCCCUGCAGCUGCCCUCCAGCCAGGAAGUGCAAUCCCGGGGCCUCUUCGACGCCUUUGUUGCCACUCUCCAGGAAUCGGAAACGGUGCUCCUCGCGGGAUCCACACCGGCCGUCAACUCUGCUGGUUCAGACGGUGGCUCGCCUGCCUGGCGGGCAGCAGGCACGGCGGUGCUGGCCAUCCUUGGGGUGGCCAUAGUGGGGGUGGGUUUCGCGAUGGCAGAGCGGUGGCGCAGGGCAAGGAAGGGCCGGCAGGGCGUGGAAGCGUCUGAGGGCAACCAGGAGGGGAGCGAGAUGGGCGAGCGCAUGUUGCAGGCGGGCGGGCCAAGUUACAGCAUUGUGACGGGCUGCGAGGAGUAG